AUGCUACCAAUGUUCUUGUUCAUGUCAUAAGAGGUGUCUCAAUUGUUUCUAAAGAUUAUUUAUAGAAAGUCAAAAAGGAUAAUUAGAAGAUGGAUUCUUAAUGUUAUAAUAUUUGUGGGGAUGGAUAUUUAAUUUAGCAAUUAGAAUAAUGUGAUAAUUGAUGUAGCUAUACUUGUAAAGUUGAAAUAAAUCGGAAAUAUCAACAAGAGAAUAAUAUAAGUGUUUUUAAUUACGUUAUUCUACCUAAAAUUUUACUAACUAAACUCUCCAAAAACAAUCUCAGAUAAUCAAGAAUUUAAAUUAUCAUUUUCUUAACAACUACAUUUGAAUGUAACAGAUAUUAGUGAAGAACAAUAUGUAUAGAUGAUUAUAGUUGUUACUGAAAAUACUAAAGAAUAUAAUGUUGAAGUUACACCAAUUAAUUCUAUCAUUAUUGAAUUAACUGAUGUAGCAUAUAAAUUAUUAGUCAAUUUUAAAAAGAAUAUUCCUGUUUUAAAGUAAAUCUCAUUAUAAAAUGUCAAAUCAUCACAAAUCACUUUUAUAAAAAAUUGCUCUUUUAGGUAGAAUUGUUAUGUAUAUCAUUUUGAUUUUAAGUUGUGUUGCUUUUUUAUUUGGCAAUUUAGAAAUUUUAUUGAAUCUGCUUGA